AUGCUACAGUUGAUUCGCUAUAAAUGCAAACCCUAUGAAAAGAAAAGCUCCAUUAAUAAGAAGACACUCACAUUUAAGAGCAAUUUAUGCUUCCUUAUUCAAAAAGCUCUAUACAUGAGAAAAGCUCACUUAUGUGAAAAUUUAAUGCGUGAAGAAAAGUUGCAGCAUGUUGAAGAAUUUUCCUAA